CGACAAAUACUAAGAAUUCGUGAGGUUUAACGUUUUCGGCUCAGAAAUGGAUUACUCGACUUCGAAUUCCGACCCGAAUUGGAGCAGCGGCUACGGGUUUCCGCAGGGGGAGGGGUGGAGCGGAGGCGCGGCGUCGCAUUCGGACCCGAAUUGUUGGGGCGGCGGCUACGGGUUUCCGCAGGGGGAGGGGUGGAGCGGCGGCAGGGCGUCGCAUUCGGACGAGGAGGUGAUUCUGGCGGCGAGCCGGCCGAAGAAGCGGGCGGGGAGGAAGAAGUUUAAGGAGACACGGCACCCGGUUUACCGGGGGGUGCGGCGGAGGAAUAACAACAAGUGGGUCUGCGAGAUAAGGGAACCGACGAAACAGAAACGGAUAUGGCUGGGGACUUAUCCCACCCCGGAAAUGGCCGCCAGGGCUCACGACGUGGCGGCAUUGGCUCUCCGAGGCCAGUUCGCCGCCACCCUCAACUUCGCCGACUCCGUCUGGCGCCUCCCCGUGCCCGCCUCCGUCGAUGCUAAGGACCUCCGCAAGGCCGCCGUCGAAGCCGCCGAGGCCUUCCGCCCUAAAGAAUGCGAGGAAGAAAUCGUCAUCACUACACCCACGUCCGUGGAAGCGCCGCCGCCGCCGCCUCCUGCUGACGACCCGUGGAAUGUAUUGGCGUCGCCGCCGAUCAUGGAACACGAUGACCUCUUCACCGGAAUGCAGGGAGGGUUUCUUGGAAGCAUGGCGGACGGAAACUUGCUGUCGCCAGCUCCGUCGUUGGGAAAAAGUUUCAGUUGGGACGAAGUUGAAGUGGAGAGUGACGUGGAAGUUUCACUAUGGAGUUAUUCUAUUUAAUUUAAUAAUAUAUAUAUAUAUAUAUCUAUAGAUAGUACAUAACUACAUAGGAGUACCUUAAUUAGAAAUAAUUUGUACUAUAUUUGUGCUUAGCGCAAAAGUGUGUGUGUUUGAUUACCAUUUUUGAAAUAAACUUUUUAUCUAACAAACAUUUUUCAAUA